GAAUUAUUAUUGAAAUGAAUUGAUAGUACAUUACUUGAGCAGUGGAUUUUUAGAUUACCUCGAACCUUUCACAACUCUUCGUUAAGUCUCCGUUCCAGUUAGGUUAGUCAUUAGUGGUAGAUGUGAUUCAUUGUUUAGUGGUGCUGUUUAGUAUUUAAAAUAUUUUAGUGGCAAUAUAUGUGUAAUUCUGGUAAUGGGAUAUGGAGUUCGUUAAAAUACUAGUGUUUUUCAUAUUUAGUUGAUAACAUUGUUUCUUUUAUUUGGUUUUAUUAAUAUCUUAGAAACACUUAAUUUAAACGAUUUUGAUUAGUAAAGUAUUGGAACAGUGCUUCUCAACACAUCUUCAUCUUGUAUAUAUGAAUGGUGCCAGGGGAAAUGCCACUUCUUGUUGCUCCAGAAUCCUUGCCAGCAACUAAACUUGAAAAGUUUGUCCCCAAUUCUUCUCUAGAAAUACAUAAAAAUGUAACUGAUGUUGAAAUACAAGGUUCUCCUUCAAAAGCAAAAAAAGCAAAAAGAAUUAAAUUUUUAUGUAAUGGUGACAGAUUUAGUAAAGGUGUGACGAUAGCGAUAACACCUGAAAGAUAUAGAUCAUUUGACAGCUUAUUGAAUGAAUUAACAAGGGCAUUUUCAAACAAUGUUAAUCUUGCAACUGGUGUUAGAGUACUAUUUACAAUGGAUGGAAAAAAAAUUACAAACUUAGAUGAUUUAGAGGAUGGUAAAUAUUAUGCUUGUUCAGGAUUAGGAGAUUCUUUUAAGAAAGUGGAUUAUAGUUUAUCAUUGACAACACCUAAAAUACGGCCUGCACGAUCUUUUACAAGAUUAUCGACUCCUAAUUCGAAUAGCAGUUCCAUUAAGAGUACAACAUAUGCUGUUAGACCACGCAUAAUUAUUAUUGUGCGGAAUGGUAAUAGACCUAGAAAAGUAAUGAGACUGUUACUCAAUAAGCGGAAUGCUCCUUCAUUUGAUCAUACCUUGUCAACUAUAACAGAAGUAGCCAAGCUAGACACUGGGGCUGUUAGGAAAAUUUUCACUUCUGAAGGUAAUCAGGUUAACAGUUUAGAGGGAUUUUUUGGAGAAGAAGAUGUGAUUUUUUUUGUCUAUGGUUCUGAGAGAGCUAAUCCAGAUGAUUUUAUCUUGGAUGUGGAAGAAUUUAAAUCUUUACAAGCUCUACAGAAAGGCCUUCGACGAGCUGGUGGUGAUUUGAAGUCUGGAACUCACAGUUUGGAUAAAUUUGGUAAAGGGAUUCCUAAAUUACCAAACAAAACGAAGGCGUUGAAACCUCAGAAAAGACAAGAUUCUUCUCUAAAUAUAUCCAAUAAAAUUCUUGGGAGGUAUUCAGUUGGUCAAAUUAUUGGAGAUGGGAACUUUGCUGUUGUUCGGAAGUGUACAGACAAAAUGAAGAAUCAAGAAUAUGCUCUCAAAAUUAUUGACAAAUCUAAAUGUGUUGGUAAAGAACACAUGAUUGAGAAUGAAGUAGCUAUAUUGAGAAGUAUUCAACACCCCAAUAUCAUAGAAUUGAUCGCUGAGCAUGAAACACCAUCAGAAUUAUAUUUAGUUAUGGAACUUGUUAAGGGCGGGGAUCUGUUUGAUGCGAUUUCUAGAGCCGUUAAGUUUCCUGAAGCUGAUGCACAAAUUAUGACCCAGAAUUUGGCUUCAGCUUUAGCUUAUCUCCAUGAUCUAAACAUUGUUCAUAGAGAUAUCAAACCUGAAAAUCUCCUGGUUGAAAUGGAAGAAGAUAGAUUAAGAACACUAAAAGUGGCUGAUUUUGGUCUUGCCCAGAAGGUAUCUGGACGGUUGUUCACUGUUUGUGGGACACCUACUUAUGUUGCCCCGGAAAUUCUUACUGAAACUGGUUAUGGAUUGGAGAUUGACGUAUGGGCCAUGGGAGUGAUCCUUUAUAUUAUGCUAUGUGGAUUUCCACCAUUUGUUAGUGCUAAUAACGAUCAAGAGGAACUCUUUGAUGAUAUUCUAUCUGGUCAGUAUGGUUUUCCUUCUCCAUAUUGGGAUUCAGUCUCGGAAUUGGCUAAAGAUCUUAUAUCACACAUGCUGCAAUCAAACCCUGAACUAAGGUUUUCUGCUGAAGAUGUACUUGAUCAUCCAUGGUUUGAUUUAAAUUCCUAAAGCUUGAAUUUAUAGAGUAAAUUAAAUCAUUGUGUGGGGUGCAUUAAAAAUUUAACUUAAAUUUUUGUUAAAUAUGUGAAAAAACAAACAAUAUACGUGACAAAUAUAUAUACGAAAGAAUAAUAGAAAAAUUCAACGAAAAAUCCUGUAAAUAGGAGGUUCAUACUAUCUGGGCAGUAUCAAAUGCGGAUCUGGUAGUGUGAUUGACUUAUAUCUCAUUAUGAUAGAUAUAUGCAUUAAUUUGAUUGUAUGAUAUUUAUACAUAAAAUGAACAUUGCAAUGUUAUUUAUUCAUAAUUGUUUACAUAUAUUAUGUUUUUGAUUUAUGUUAAGAAACUGCCUUAGAAUAUAUUUAUCUUAAAAUAAUUUAUUGUAAACCAAAAAAUAUCAGAUUACCAAUAAAACUAAGGCAGUUUAAUUAAGUAUUUGUAUUAAUUAUUUAACCUGUAUAUAUUUAUAUUUUCUUUAAAGACGCCGUUUCAGAUACAUUCCUGCUACAUUUAAUUUGUUUAAACCAAAAGGGAUCAUAACAGUAUUUAUUUAUGAUGGAAACAUUAAUAUAAACAGUGUAUCUUUAUUAGCUGAUAUUGAUAACGUUCUCAUUAAUUUAUAAAAAUGAGCAGAAGUUUACAUUUAUUUUCUGUGUGUGGGGCGGAAAGGGAAGGAGAUAUGUUUAAAUGAGUUCAUGCUUUUAUUUUUCUGAUUUAGUUCUAUUUUCUUUCUUGUAAGUUAUAUAGUAUGGCUCAUUGGCAUAUGUCCAGAAUUUCAUGAUACACAACCACUUAAGUUGCAGAUUGUAUUAAGAGGUAUACAUCUGACGUUUUAGUAUAUUUAAAAAUAUCCUAUUACCAAUUUUGAGCUAGGUAUACUCAUCACCAAUAUGAUCUUAAUCAUUAUUAUUUUUUCCAUUUUGUUCAUAAGUUACUAUUUGAAGAUAUGUCUAGUAUUCUUUAGUCUUAUCAUUUAGCUUUACUGUAUUUAAGUUGCUAAUGUAUUAAAUUUUAUGUAUCCAGAAAAAUUUAUU